AUGACUCCCCACAGACUCUCCGCCUCCUCUCUCAUCAUCCUCUUGAUUGCCAUUGUUGGUCUAACUCUUCCCAACCUGGCCAGUGCGAACGUCUCUUCCGGAGAUCAUUCGGUCUCAAGCCAGGGCCAAACUCAGUCAGUUACCUCCAAGGGUCUCCAAAAUGGCGAGGAAGCCAGGACCGCCUCUCAGAACUCGGGAUACUCAGCAAAAGAGCCUAUGAGCGUCUACAUCAUCACUUUGAAAGACAAUACUACUGAAGCACAAUUCAACGCUUUCAAGCAAAAAUUGAUCAAGCAAGGGGCCGUCAUCAAGUACGAAUACUCGAUUAUCAAAGGGUUCGCCGUAUCUAUCAAGCCGUCUCAGGUUCAGGCACUCAAGAAAGACCCACUCGUCAAGAUUAUUGAGAAGGACCAGGAAGUUCACACCCUUUAA